CAAAACAUAAAUAAAAAGGUACAAACAUUUUGUGUUUUUAUCAUUUCUGUAUCUGAUUAGUACGUUAUCUUUUAUAAAUAAUUAUUUCGUUUAUAAAUUAACAAACAGGUGUUUAAUUAUUAUAAAAGAAAAUGAUUUUAUUCAUUAUAUUGAGAAGUUUUGAAGGGCGCAGAAUCCUGUAGUGAAUAUAUAGUUUUUGACGCACACUGCAUUUGUAAAUAUAUACAUAGGAACACGGAUUGACGCGUUUCGUGAAUUUGGUGUUUUAAAAAUAAUAUGCAACUGGCAACUAAUAAUCAACGGGAAAUUACACUAGUCACGCUGGCUCUUAUUGUGAGACAACAUGGCUCUUCGAAGUGAACAUAAGGAAAAAGUGCAGGCUCGUUGCGCGUUCGCCGUUGGAAGUCGUCGAUCAAUAAUCACUCGGUUCGGUUCAUCGGUCUAGAGAAAUGAAAGCACUUGGUACAAUAUAUUUUGUACUUAAUAUGAGUCUCUGCUAAAAUUUGUGAUGGAGGGCACACAUGCUCUCCUCCUAAGCAGUGCUGUUCUUUGGGUUGCUGCUACAAUAUACUCCCACAAAUGGGUACAUCAAUCGCAGAAAUGUUCACAAUCCUGAUUUGGACUUAUUGGACUGCAGCCGUACUGGCAGGUUUAGCAGCUGGAGCUGCGUGUGGUUAUUGGCUGUGGAGAUGUCGACGGUCCAGCACAAAUGAGGAUUGUUCCACGUCCGAUAGAGCGUCUUCGACUUCCUGUUAUUUACCUCCUCACUACAGUAGAUGUAAUUCUUUCGUUCAAGCCAUGCCACCUCCCUAUAAUGAGGUAACAGCAAAACCGGAUUUGUAUCCCCUCGUAAUUGGCUAUGACGAUGGAUUUGGAAAAGGUGCUUCUGGUUUUGUGAUGCGAUACUUUAGAUCGCUUUCCCAUGCAAGCACUUUAGAUUCACUGAGUUCCAGUUUCAUGUGCAAUGUUGUUAAUGAAGCGAACACAAUAAUACCUCCGCCUUAUUCUUGCAAUAGUAUUGAUCAAUUAUCGAUAGCCGGCUGUGAGAGAGCAGGAAAUAUUGACGACUCAAUGGCAUCUUUGGCGAAUCAAAGAACAGUCUCCGAUAUUUCGAGUCUUGGCGCACAAUCGCCAUCGUCUCCUCCACGUGCAACAAGUCCCACUUUAGAGUUACGAGAGCUUUUGGACAAAAUUCAACAGCUUCCUCAAUUACCAAAUGGACCAAGUCCACCGCAAUUAUUUCCGUCGAAUGAAAAUCAAAACCGGCCACAAUUUCUUUAUCCAUUUAAUCAGGAUGCAGCGACACAACAUCAACCAUUGAGUCCAACUGAAGUUGUUAUGAAUAAAACGAGAAGGGCUCGUGGAAAAGUUUAUAUGUCAGUGGGUCCUCCUAAUGCGAGAAAUAAAGCGAAACGAUGGUUAUCGAGAUCGGCGCCAACAACACCGUCAGGCACAAUACCAAUGUCCUUCUUGCCAGGACAAAGCAGAAGGCCUUCUGAUUCAGACAGUAAUAAUCAGCAAGUCGUUCCACUGCUCGCUGAACAGGAUGAAAUUGAGAACAAUAAUAUUGAUAAUACGUAAGGCAUAUCAUUACUCUAUUCUAAAAAAUAUUGUAUAAAAAAAAAUAAUAUUUCAAAAACAAAAAUUAGCUAUAUCGAUCUAUUAAGAAGUUUAGCUAUAAUAAAAACGACGAUCAACUUUUUCAUUGUUUCUUGUUGAAGUCGAAAAACUAAUUCAAAUUUUGUCUUCGAAAGAGUAUAUUUAGGGUGUCUACUAAUCGGGAAAUCCGGGAAAACCAAGAAACAGUCGGGAAUUUAAUUUAACCGGGAAUAAGCCAGGAAUUUUAAGCGGGAACUUUUUCACCAAAAUAAAAAAAGUUUUAUUAUUUUAAUUUGUUUUUAAAAAAUCGAUUUUUCCAAUUUUUAAAGAUAU